AUAUGGACUAACCAAAUGUCCAAGCUUUUCAGGAACAAAGAAGCCAUGAAUGGUGAGGUUCGGAUACCCGUAUGGCUUCCAUUUCUACUACUUUUCUCCUCACUAUUUUUUCUAAUGAAAAAGAUAGUAGCAAAGAGGCGUAGGCGUAGCAACCAACUCCCUCCAGGGCCUCCUAAGCUUCCAAUCAUAGGCAACUUACACCAACUUGGUUCAUUGCCUCACCGCUCUUUGCAGCAACUAUCCAAGAAAUAUGGCCCUGUCAUGCUGCUUCAGCUUGGCAGUGUUCCUACUCUGGUUGUCUCCUCAGCUAAAACAGCCCAGCAAGUCUUGAAAACCUACGAUCUUGAAUGUUGCAGUAGGCCUCUUUUAGCUGCCACUGGGAGACUGUCCUACAGUUAUCUUGAUGUAGCUUUCACUCCAUAUGGAAAUUACUGGAAGGAGAUGAGAAAAAUAUGUCUUCUCGAGCUGCUUAGUGUUAAAAGGGUUCAAUCCUUUCGGUUCAUAAGAGAAGAAGAAGUUGCUUUGAUGAUAGACUCAAUCUCUCAAUCAUCCUCUUCUGGAAAUCCUGUUAAUCUUUCUCAUAAAUCCAUGUCUCUUAAUAUGGAAGUAAUUUGCAGGGUUGCUUUUGGCAAUAGUUUUCGAGACGGGGGACUCGAUGUUUACAAAUUUGAAGGACUGGUUCAAGAAGCUUUUAGCAUUAUGGGGAGUUUCUCUGCAUCUGACUUCUUUCCUCGUGUUGGUUGGAUCAUAGAUAGGAUUACAGGAAUGCAUGGAAGGCUUGAAAGGAUUUUCCAUGAUCUGGAUCUUUUCUACCAAGAGGUUAUAGAUGACCACCUGAGUUCAGAGAGGCACAAGCAAGAAAAAGAUGAGGAUAUAAUUGAUGUUUUGCUGAAAAUAAAGAAAAAUCAAGCCGACUCUUCUGCUUUCCAAAUCACCCAUGAUCAUAUUAAGGCAAUCCUUAUGAAUAUAUUUUUCGCUGGAGUUGAGACUGGUGCAGCUGUAGUUGGGUGGGCAAUGGUCGAGCUUGCUAGGAACCCAAGAGUGAUGAAGAAAGCGCAAGAAGAAAUCAGAAACUACGUCGGAGAGAAAGGAAAGAUCUCUGAAAGUGACAUUGAUCAGCUUCAAUACCUCAAGUUGGUUGUCAAGGAAGCUUUGAGAUUUCAUCCUCCAGGAGCAUUCCUAAUUCCCAGAGAAUCCAGGUCCCAAUUCACCAUCAAUGGUUACAAUGUUUACCCCAAAACCCGCAUCUAUGUGAACAUUUGGGCAAUAGGAAGAGAUCCUGAGAGCUGGGAAAACCCCGGCCAAUUCUACCCGGAAAGGUUCAUUGAUAGCCCCCUUGAUUACAAAGGGCAUCAUUUCGAGUUUCUGCCAUUUGGUGCAGGUCGAAGAGGCUGCCCUGGAAUGAAUAUGGGAAUGUUCAUGGUGGAACUUGCACUCGCAAAUCUCUUAUAUCAUUUCGAUUGGAAAUUGCCGAAUGGCCUGAAAGAGGAAGAUCUCAACAUGGAAGAGGCAGCUGGUCUAUCAAAUCAUGUGAAACAAGCUUUAGUACUCGUGCCUACUAAAUAUCAGUAGGCCUUACAACUAAAAUGCAAUAAAUCAUCCAUUUUAUGCAUACUCCAAUCCAUGAUUAUAUGAUUAUGUAUUAGUGUCAUUGGUGUUGCUGAUAUAUGUUUCAAGUGAUGACAGAGCUAUAGACAAUAAAGGGAGGAUGUUAUCAGCAAUAAUUGCUUGAGAUUCCCCAGUGGGAUUUAAGAGGCUGAUCAUUUGCACUCAGUUCUUCAAAUCAUUUCAUGCACUGUAAAUUCAUAUUUUGAUAUGAGAAUUUAAUCAAGAUUAUUAUCA